AUGUUGAAAGCAGACAAUGAAGCUGAACAAUCAGAUGAGGAAGAAGAAGAAGAGGAGGAAUCUGAGGAAGAAUCCGAAGAAUCAGAAUCUGAAGAGAGUGAAGCUGAAACAGAAAGUGAAAGUGAAGCAGAAGACGCAACAAAUACUGACAAGAAAAAUAAUUUGGAACCACGUGUGAAGAAACAUGAAAGCCGCCUAUCAGCCAUGAAGAAAUGCAAUGUCCUCUUACAAGCAAACGUAGAUAAUUUACAGGAUGAAAUCACACAAGUACGCGCCAAAGCAGCCAAUUUACAAGCCGAAUUAGACGCAGUACUGGCAGAUUUAGGAUUUUAAAUUAUAAACGUUAUUUUAGCAGAGAAUUUAUUGUGUUAACUGUUUUGCUUUUUUUUUAGGUAUUUUAUAUUCUAAUUGACAUGUAUUUAUUAAA